AUGUACAUACAAACACACAGCCUUGACCACAAACAGCUUUUGAUUAUUGAAAUAGAAAAUCAUUAUUCAUCUUCUCCAUCAUUAAAAUCCACGACGUCGACGCCGCAGCAAAAUACAGGAAAUGGAUUUAACGAAUCCCCCAUUUUUCUUCCCAAUAUUCAUUCCAAUAAUAAUAAUAAUAAUAAUCAGGAUUACGACGUAUCGAAAUCAUACAAGCAAAAUAAUAAAUUAGAUGACGUAGAUGAAAUUAAAAUAGAAGAUACGAUAAGUCAAUUUUCCGGUUUAUUAUCGAAUUCGAAAAGUGUAAAUAAAACGAGAGAUUUUAAUUCGAGUCAAAUUCAACCGUUAGAUUCUCAUAUAAAUUACAUAAAUUUUUCAUCUGAUAAGGAUCCUGAUAUUUCCACGUCAAACGAUGAUAAAUUUCAGAACGCGAUUGUUGUAGGCGAUGAUGAUUUUAAUAUUAAUUCGGCGGAACCAUUUUCAAAUUCUGUUAAUUCCGCUCCUCCGAUAAUCAAUACAAAUUCGAGAGAUCAAACGACGCCAUCGACUUCGAGUUCGAACAGUAUCGAUAUCGGUACUUAUAGCGGAAGCGAAUUGAGAUUAAGAAGACGCGGAAACGAGCAUCAUUCGAGCGGUAACAACAGCAGACGACUUUAUCGUAAUAAUUACGGUUCGAAUAACGUAAAGGUAAAAAAUAAAAAACCGUUAAUAUCAAAAAGUGCGAAUAAAAUCGGUGUUAGCAGAAGUCCUUUUCCAACGAAUUCAAAACCGUUUGAAAAACCUAAAGAAAGUUUAGAAACUUGUUUCAAUCAGGAAGCUAACAUGUUAGGUUUGAAUUCUCUUGUGAGACUUUUACGUCAUCAUCCUUCCAUCGUAUUAGGACAAUUACAUAGUAUUAUAGUAGCUCUAGGACAACAAAUAAGAAAUCUUAGAUCUCAGGUUGCUCGUACAGCUUGUCAAGUGUCUGCCGAAAUGUUUCUCAUACUAAAAAGAAACGUGGAAUUAGAUUUAGAAGAAUUGUCAGGACCUUUAUUUCACAGAUCCGCUGAUACAAAUCGAUUCAUAAGAGCUGAUUGCAACGAUGCUUUAGAUAACAUGGUUGAUAAUGUUGGACAUGCCAAGGCAGUCAGCGUUAUCAUAUCCAAAGGAAUCAUGCAUCAGAAUGCUACCGUAAGAGCUGUUGCUGCCAGAUUACUGUUGAGGUUAUCAGAAAAAGUUGGUCCUGAAAAACUUUUAUCCCUACCUAAAGAAAUCCGAGAAAAAAUGUUAUUAUCGGGAGCUAAUUUACUAACGGAAGGGAAAUUGGAAACAAGAGCGUUUGCCAAACAAGUCUUUCGAAUAUGGUCUUCUCAUCCUUCAUUUAAUAAUCUUUUGUUGGAAGCUGUUCCUCCAAAUAUUAUGCGUCAAAUUAGUAAAACAUUAAUUUCUAUUAAAUCAUAA